AAAUCAAAUAUAAAUAUAAACUAUUUAUAUAUAAUUUUAUUGGAUUUUUAGAAACGAAAUUCUGAUGAAAGUUGUUUACUUGCAUUUCUAUCAGGUCUUGCAGCUAAAUGUGUAUCAACUGAACAAUUAUCUGCAGAUAUCCCAAUGAUAUUACCAAAUCAUCAAUCAAUGAAGCAACGUGCAGCCGAAUUUGAUUGUGGAACAUUGAGGUAAAUCAUAAAUGAAUAAAGUAAAAAUAAGAUGUUGGCGAUUUGACCAAAGUCUUGCUUUGAUGUUUUUCUCUCAUGUUUCGAUAUAUGUUCUUUUUAGUGUACGCAAUCGAUGCUUUUGUAAUAAAAUUUAGGUUUAAAAAAUCAG